ACGGCGAGCGGGGCAGGGUGGGGGCUCGCAGCAGGAUGGCGUCGUCGUCGUCGGUGGUUGUGAGCUCGGAGGGGUCCCCGGAGCCAGGGGGCAGCGGGUGGCCCCGCGGGGAGCCCGAAGGGGAGCAGGAGCGGCUGCUGCGGCGCGGGGAGCUGCUGGCCCUGGGGAACCACCUGAAGGAAGCGCUGGAGACUUACUCGGCGGCGCUGCGUCUCGGGCCGCCUGCGGGACCCCGCCGCCUCGAGACCCUUGUGGACUGUCUGGUGCUGAACUACCGCCUCCGACAGGGGCUGGACUGGAGCCGGGACCAGGGGGCCCGGGACCAGGGAGGCGGCGCGGCCGCAGGGCCGCUGACCUGCUGCGGCUGCCGGGGCUUCCUGGGCGAGCCGGUGACCGCUCCGUGCGGGCACAGCUACUGCCGCCGCUGCCUCCGGAGGGAGCUGCGCUCCCGCUGCCGCCUGUGCCGGGACCUGCUGCUGCCGCCGGCCGGGGGUGGCACCGCCGCCCAGCUCCGGACCAGCGUCGUCCUCAGCCAGUUGGCGGAGAAAUGGUUCCCGGCCGAGUGUGAGAGGGCGCGGACCGGCAACCUGCUGGGGGAGCUGCUGAGCCAGGGGCGCUUCCGAGAGAGCCUGAGCGCCGCCAGCCAGGCCUUGCAAGCAGAUCCCAGUGACUUGAUGUUAAGAGUUUACAGAGCUGAAUCAUAUGCUGGCCUCCAAGAGUUUAAAACAGCCAUAGAAGAUCUAAAUUUUAUCAUCUCUAAAAUGUCAAAUUGGCCAGAGAUUUACUUCAGGAAAGCAAAAGUGCUUCAUGAUGCUGGGUUUGUAGGUGAUGCCUUACAACUGUUCCUACAGUGCUUAUCCCUUGAUGAGGAUUUUGUUCCAGCAAAGCUAGAAGUGGAAAAGACAUUGUGUGAUUUGCUGUCACCAGAAAAUGUGAGAGAGAGUCUGAAGGAAUCUGCUUGGACUUCACCUCAUAUUCGAAAUAAACCUUUUACACUUGGUUCUGAAAUGGAAGAGGCUGGCUGUAAUCUGCAGCUUUGUCCAGAGCAGAAUUUAGGAGUGCCAGAGAUAACAGGGGAGUCUUUCAGAGGAAGCCUAAAUCGUGUACAAUCUUCCCAUGCUCUUAACUCAACAGAAAAUCUUGCUAAAGGAGAUGGAUUAAAAAGGGUUUCUUCUGAACCUCUGCUUUCUAGCCAGGAAAAAGGUGCUCUCCUAAAAAGAAAGCUUUCCCUUUCAGAACAGGAUGCAAUAGUGUGUGAAGAUGGAAGAAGCAAACAUAAAAAACCAGGAGAAACUACAAAAAGGGACACUCCACAAACCAGUGAAAAUGCAACAGUUCCACAGCACUUAAUUGAUGUGGCAGAUUUUGAGUGCUCUCUGUGUAUGAGGUUAUUUUUUGAGCCGGUGACAACCCCUUGUGGACAUACCUUCUGCAAGAAUUGUUUAGAACGCUGUUUAGACCAUGCCCCACAGUGUCCCCUAUGUAAAGAGAGCUUAAAAGAGUAUUUGGCAAUUAGGAAAUACAGUGUCACAGUACUACUGGAAGAAUUAGUGGUGAAAUAUCUGGCUGAUGAAUUAUCUGAGAGAAAAAGAAUUCAUGAUGAAGAAACUGCUGAACUCUCAGACUUGACCAAGAAUGUUCCUGUGUUUGUUUGCACUAUGGCAUACCCCACUGUGCCUUGCCCUCUUCAUGUGUUUGAGCCAAGAUACCGAUUGAUGAUUCGCAGAAGUAUGGAAACUGGGACUAAACAAUUUGGGAUGUGUAUCAGUGACCCUCAAAACAAUUUUGCAGAUUAUGGUUGUAUGCUGCAAAUUAGGAAUAUUCAUUUCCUACCUGAUGGGAGGUCUGUUGUUGACACAGUUGGUGGAAAGAGAUUUAGAGUUUUACGAAGAGGGAUGAAAGAUGGCUAUUGUACUGCAGACAUCGAAUAUUUGGAAGAUAUUAAGGUUGCAGAUAAAGAAGAGCUGAAGAAUCUGAGAGCGCUUCAUGACGUGGUAUACAAUCAGGCUUGUGGCUGGUUCCAAAGCUUGAGAAACAAAUUUCGCAGCCAGAUCCUUCAGCACUUUGGGCCGAUGCCAGAGAGAGAGGAAAACCUACAGGCAACACCUAAUGGACCGGCUUGGUGUUGGUGGCUUCUAGCUGUCCUCCCUGUAGACCCCAGGUAUCAGAUCUCGGUUCUCUCAAUGAUGUCUUUGAAAGAACGUCUAAUCAAAAUCCAACAUAUACUCACAUAUUUUUCUAGAGACCAGUCCAAGUGACUAACCGCCUGGAUCUUCCUGAAGAGUUACUCUUUUCUGGUUGUAAUCACAGCUGGAGUUUUUGCUGCUUUUGCACGUCUAGUGCUGGUUUGAAAAGUGUGAUGAAACUGCUUCCUCCCCCCUGCCAACUUCCUGAACCAUCUGAUUCUUCAAAUGGGCACUGUCUUCAACUAGAAGGAUAGACCACUAAAGUUGCGCACACAAAAAUCAAUCCAGCCACAGAACAUGGAAAAACUCUACAUGAUUUGCACUACGUAUGAGACAGUCAUGCUAAGACUUGAGAAUUUAUUGCCACUGACUUUUUAAAGCUGUGGGAAAUGCAAGACUUAAGGCUGACAGUCCAAGUUUACAGCAUUAAGAAUGCAUUUUUUUUGCAAAUAAGAGCUUGCCUCAGAUACAACUGUCCUGUUGCUAUUUGCACAAAUAUUUGAAAUAUAGUAUUGAAUGUUGCUGUUGGAAAUUACUGCUCUUGCUGAACUGUCUUGACUAUGGCACAGAUUCUUAUAAAUAUUUGCAUCAUAGAACAAGUGACCUGAAUUAUGAUGAAAUUAGAGCUGGUUUUAAGGAACAACUGCCAAAAAAA